ACAUGAAAUCAAUGCUUAUUGGAUCAGCCUUAAAGUCGUCAUCAUCUUCUUCUUUACGACCUCCAUUUUUGGCGACUGCAGUUGCUUCUUGUGAUCAUGAAAGAGUAAAAGUUUCAAGGAUUCAAGUGAGGAAAACCACAUUUGGGCAUUCUAAUAGCAUAUUUGGUAGAAUGAAUCAUCAACAAAGUCGCAAACAUAACGAUCCUGAAAGUGACAACAAGUAUUUUACAGAAGUUCAUAGACAUCAAAGACAAAUAAAAAAAGUUCUUGCAGUUGAUGCCUCUAAAGGUUUUGUUCUUCGUCCUCAAAUCGAUGGCAAGUCACUUGGAACUACAUUGGAAGUUAUUUACAGAUAUUCAAAAGUUUACACACUUCAAGGAACCGUAUUGUCCAUCGUCUCCAUUUCUUUGCUUGCCAUCCAGAAGCUUUCAGAUUUUACUCCAUUAUUUUUCGUUGGGCUUUUGCAGGCAGUCAUCGGUGGCGCUUUGGCCAACUUGUAUGUUGCGAGCAUAAAUCAGUUAUCAGAUGUCGACAUCGACAAAAUUAACAAGCCACAUUUGCCCUUGGCAUCAGGCGAGCUUUCCAUUGAAACGGGAACCCGACUCACCUUUCUGUAUGCUAUUUUGGGUUUUUGCCUCGGAUGGAGUAUCAAAUCUUGGCCGUUAAAGUUAGGUCUCUUCUUAUGGUAUGCCGUAGGAACGGCCUAUUCAGUUCACCUACCAUUACUACGAUGGAAGAGGGAUCCUGCACUUGCGGCAAUGAGCGUUUGGUCACUGCAAGGAGCGAUCAUUCCUAUUUUGUUCAACCUCCAUGCACAGACAUUGAUACAUGGAAGGCCGCUCUUAGUUUCUAAGCAUGUUAUUUUUGUAUCUGGAAUCAUGAGCAUCUAUGCAGUAGUUGCCGCACUAUUUAAGGACAUCCCUGACGUUGAGGGAGAUAAGAUAAAUGGAGUUAACUCGUUGGCAUCGAAAGUCGGGACUAAACCCGUAUUUUGGCUAUGUAUAGGGCUCCUUGAGAUGGCAUAUGGUAUGGCUAUAUUAAUCGGGUUGUUAUCAACCGGUUUUUGGACUCGAUUGAUGAUGGUGAUCGGUCAUAGCAUUCUUGGUUUUAUACUUUGGAGAGAAGCAAACUUGGUUGAUCUGAAAAACAAUGAGGCCAUUGAAUCAUUCUACUUGUUUAUUUGGAAGUUAUAUGGUGUGGAGUAUUUGUUGGUGCCCUUUUUAAGAUUUUGAGCAUGGAGAAGCCUCAAGUGAUGUGUGUUUCAUCAUGUAAUUUUAGUACUCGAUCGUUUUGUCACCAAUAUGUCCAAAAGUCAAUUAUUAAAUCAAAUUGGAUUUUUCAAUUUUGAGUUAUGAUUUCACUAAUAAAUAAAAGAUAUUGUCUUGAUUAGUA